GAACAAUUGAAAAGGAUCACAAAUGGUAAUGAAAUGAUUACACCAGAAAAACAACUUUUGAUUACUUUAUGGCGUAUGGCAACACCAGAUUCGUAUAGGUCAAUACAUACUAGAUUUGGAAUAGGAAAAGCCACAUGUAUAAGGACAGUACGACGAGUUACUGUAGCGUUAUGUAGAAUUGCUUCAAGAUUCAUACAGUGGCCAACAGGAAGAAGACUAGAAGAAAUUAAACAAAGUUUCUCUGACGUUAAUGGCUUUCCAGGAAUUAUUGGCGCAAUUGAUGGCACGUUCAUCAAUAUACCAGCUCCUAAGGAAAAUCCUGAAGCAUAUGUAAACAGGAAAGGUCAUCAUUCCAUUCAAGCCCAGGUAGUUUGUGAUCAUAAGCGUCUUUUCACCCAUGUAUAUGUGGGAAAUGUAGGAUCCGUGCACGAUGCUAGGGUGUUCCGAUUGUCAGCCUUGCAAGAUUACGUUUCUAACCCAACGAAAUUUCCAGAUGACAGCCAUCUGAUAGGAGAUGCUGCUUAUCCGCUCUUGAAGCAAUUAAUGGUGCCAUAUACUGAUAAUGGUCACCUUACACAGAGACAAAAGAAUUAUAACUUUUGUCUUUCUUCUUCUCGUAUGUAUGUGGAAAGAACUAUCGGAUUACUGAAAGAACGUUGGCGCAGUCUUCUUCAUCAUUUAGCCAUGGGAUUGAUUGAAUACAUUCCUUAUCAUGUUUUAGCGUGUUGUGUGUUACACAAUGUAUGUUUAAUACAAAAUGAUGACUUUGAAAUAUUAACAUUAAAUGAUAUAGAUGAUAUAGCAGUAGGUCUGCAAGAAAUUCAAAGAUGCAAUAGAGAAGAAGCUGAAGCCAAGAGAAACUUUAUAUGUGCGACACUUAACAUAAGAAAU